AUGAAGCUCCUUUCAAUCUCCUGUCUCAGCCUCUUCGUGUCGCUAUCUACUUCCCUCGACCUUCUCAAUGGCGGCAACACUCGCGUGGGUGUCAUCCCAAACACUGUUGUAAUAGACGGGUUCCGCCUGGUUGAGAAUAAACAGCGCAUCCGAGCUGGUCACACAUCAUAUAUAUCGGCUCUUAAUCAUCUCAUCGCUCAAGCGGAUAGCUGGCUAGGCAAGGGCCCGUGGACUGUGACCAACAAGACGCAGCCGCCACCCAACGGCACGAUGCACGAUUACGCAUCCCAAGCGCCAUACUGGUUUCCUAGCAAUACUACUAACGGCUGUCCCUACGUACAAAGAGAUGGCGAACGCAACCCUGAAGUCGAUAAAUACCCCGAUCACAACGCGCGUGCGCAGAUGUUUAAUUCAAGCUAUAUACUGUCACUCGCAUGGUACUAUACAGGCGAAGCCAGAUACGCCAAACAUGCCUCACUUAUUCUGCAGACCUGGUUCAUCGACCCCGCCACGGCUAUGACGCCUCAUCUAAGUCACGCGCAGAUCAUCCCUUGCCGCAAUGACGGCCGCGCAAUCGGUAUCAUCGACUUCAGCAUGGAGUAUACCAACGUUCUGGAUGCAGCCGCCAUACUUGCCUCAACUAAUGCUCCAGGCUGGACGAAAGCAAGCCAGCGAGCAUUCAUGGACUGGAACAAGAAGUUUCUAGACUGGCUAGUCAACUCGGCAUUUGGCAAGGAAGAGGCUGGCCAAGAGAAUAACCACGGGACCUUCGCCAACAUGCAGAUUGCAUCCCUCGCUCUCUUCACAGGCGAUACGGCUCUUUCACAAGAGACAUGCCAAGUAGCUAAAUCUCUAAUUAAUAGCCAGAUUAGGCCUAAUGGCUCCCAGCCAAUGGAACUGGCGAGGACACGCAGCUGGCACUACUCCAAUUUCAAUCUUGGCGCACAUCUGCGCUUCGCACUUGUGGCCAAGAAGGUUGGCCUAGAUCUGUUCAGUUAUGAGGGGCCUGUCGGACAGAGUCUGUUUAGAGCAACAGAAUUCUUGUUGGCAGCUGCGGGAGAAGGGCAAAGCGCGUGGAACUUCCAGGAACUGGAUUUUCAGCCGUAUGCGGCGACGGAUAAUGUACAGGCAGCAGCUGAUGCAGGAAACCGCAGAGCGCAGGCUGUUGUGUAUCGGCUUCCCCCGCCCCCGGGUGGGAAUAUUUAUAUGCUUAGACCGGCUGCCGAACAGUUGGAUAAUAUUGCCGGGUAG